AUGAUGCAACGAGCGGUGAAACUGCGGGGUCUGAAUGAGGCCAGCGGAGGCGAGCAGCGGGCAACACAGGCCAGCAGGCUUGGAAAGAGCCUGUUGGAGGAGGCUCCAAGGCAGAAAGAAAGCGAGAUUGGCCGAACAGAUGCAGCAGCGGGGCCAGAGAGGGUCAAGGAGGGCUCGUCCUCCGUGAAUCUCACCGACAUGGACGCCCGCUAA